UCAAAAUGGCGGACAGAUUGGAAUGAUCUGAGCUGCGUCUUCAAUAAACAUUUCCUUUCAAAUAGGACCUCCUCUUUGACCAUUAUUAUAGUGUUUGAAAUGAGUAGUCAAGUGCAAGAAGAAGUUGAAAAGCUAAAAGAGCUAUAUAAAACAAGCUCAAGAGCUUUAGAGAACUGGCCAAAAAGUGAUCAUGUAUCAAGUUGUGAUGAUAAAGCCUUUGUUGAAUUGCUGGAAGAAUUAACAGAUUUGGAAUUAGAAGCUGCUGUCCAUGGACUGCAAAGACAAAUCGAGGUUGAACUUCUUCUGGUCAAGAAUCUGGAACGUUUGAGAAUAAUAAAUAGUGGUGAGUGUCCAGAUACAAAUUCCAAGCUAAUCUCAAGUCAAACAAAAGUAGCAAGACUCAGGAGUAGACUGUUGCGCUGUCUUAGCAAGCAAUUGAACAACCAGGGACACAAGGAAAGUGUCCUUCCUCCUUGGCACAGUAAAAUUGGAAAUGAAGAGGUAACCACUGCUACAACUGCUGAAACCCAAAAUGAUACAACGACAGGGGGGCCUGGAGAUGUAAGAGAUGGUUCAGCUGAGAUUGGAAUUGCUGCCGACCAGCCUACCGAUUCAGGAGAAGACAACCAGUUGUACAAAUCUGGCUCAACAACUAGUGGAAGCAGUGAACAUUCUGAAGUAGAAGGAGUUUCUUUUAACAAAACAGAGAUUGAAAAUCUCCAUUGGGUUGAACCAAAAGAUUUGUCCACUACUUCACCAGUGAGUAAAGGUACAGAGUGUGAGUCUUCUUCAAAAGAAGUUGGGAAUGUUGCCAAGGACAAAAGUCCACAAAAAGAUGCUCCUGAAAAGGGAUCAAAACCAGCUGGCGAAGAAAAUGGAAAGAAAAAAAUACAAGAGACAUUAGAAAAAAAUCUCCAUGAAAAGGGCCACAAUGAACACAAAAAAUCCAUUUCAGAAUCAGAUGUGUCACCUCCACCAAAACCACCUCCCUACAGUUCCCAGGAGAAAAAGAAUGCAGAUUUAAAGGCAUUGUUUCCAGAUGAUGAAGACAUGACUGAUGGUUAUUUGAUGACUGAACAGCCACAAAUGCGAGAUUGGGAUCCGACAUUAUUACUUCAAGAUUUAUUUGUARACAAGAAAGAUAACGAAACAAAAGAGGAGCAAGCAGCUGCAGCUCCAGAGGAACCACCUUCCUUUGGUGUCGUGCGCAUGGCAGGAUACAUGGAUAAGUUACCCAGCACUUACAAACAGAAAAAGUCGACUGUGUUCAAAGGAUGGAAGAAGAGACAUUUUAAGGCAUUUGAUGGUCAGCUGUUUUACUUUGAGGACCAUCGAAAUCACGAGCCACUUGGCAUGGUGGACCUGGAAGGAUGUUCGGUUGUUAUCUCUGGCGAAAGAAUGUUGGAAUUAAUAGACUCUGAGGGCAAGGCAGCACUUAAAGUCAGAUGCGCAACACCAGCAGAAGCACAGGACUGGAAAGAAGCCAUAGAAGAAGAGGCAAAAACUAAAAUCACUCAAAAUGUAGAAUGUACCGACUCCUCUCCGGAGGGCUCAGUGAUUGUGAUAGAUCUUGGCUCUAGUUCUGUUAAGGCAGGAUUUGCAAGCGAAGAAGCUUGGCCCCAAGUAGUAUUCCCUUGUGUAUGUGCUGAACUCAAGGAGGAUGAGUCAGACUGUGUGUAUGGUUUUGACGCACUGGUACCUGAAAGAAGAAAGAAGUCAAUUCUACGCUUUCCUCUGCGAAGAUCUCUAAAGAUUGACAAGCUCAAGUUCUCCCCAUCUGCGUUGACUGGUAUUCUAGAGCAUGUCUUUAGCAUGCUGAAGGUGAAUCCUGCCAAGCACAAGGUGAUAAUGACUUUACCUCAAAAUACCAGCCUCAAUGAAAAGGGUGAGCUCGUGGAUAUCCUAUUAGGAUUCUUCGGGGUUGAGGCGUGCUACCUUCAACAUCAAUCAAUACUGGCCCUGUACUCUUACAGCGCCGUGUCUGGAAUUAUCGUGGACAUUGGAGAUCAUAUUGACGUGAUUCCUGUUGUGGAAGGAUGUGUUAUUGAGGCUGGUGCAUCCAGGUUACCAUAUGGUGGCCGACAGAUCACAGAUAUGCUGGCUAGACUACUAACGGAAAAAGGCCAUAGGUUCUUCGCUGAAGUCGAAUCCUAUAUCACGCGAUACAUUAAAGAAAAGGCUUGUUACGUGUCCGAAAGUAAAACCAGUGACGAUGAAGACAUGCCAUGCCACCCGAUUGAUGUCAUGUUGGCCAAGUAUAACAUUCCUGAUGGAACAAAGAAGGUGACGUUCGAUACUGCGAGAUACCGCUGUACAGAAGGAUUGUUCAAGCCUCACGUUUGGGGCAAGGAUCAUCCGGGUAUUCAGGACCUCACAUACAAGGCCAUUAUGGCAUGUAGUAUGGAUGUCCGUAAACAAAUGUGUCGGAGCAUCUAUCUGAGUGGCGGUGGAUCUAUGUUACCAGGUUUUCCUGAAAGACUCCAGACAGAAGUGAGUGCACUCUUACCACCCCACAACAUUGUCCAGGUCCAUGCAGGUACAGAUCGUCAUUAUUCAGCCUUCAUUGGUGCAUCAGUGGUGGCCAAUCUACCUCUGUUCGAGGAGCACUGCAUCACGCAAGACGAUUGGAAUGACAUUGGAGUCGAUGCCCUGGAAAAAUGGGAGAACCUAUAGUUCAGCCGAUAAUUAUUUACUUCAAUUUUAGAAUUAAUGAAUUUUAGAUUUUGUAAGUCAUCCGCUCCGCUAUUUACUGGCGGUACUGAGGACGGUACUGUCAUCUUUGCCGUUCGCGCCACAUUUACCGACGAGCUUUUCACUCGGUGUAUAAAUUAUACCAUCAUACAAAGCUGGCGGUAAUUUUGGCGCGAAACGCAAAACGCAUUCCUUCAAAUUAAGGAAGAAAAAUAAUAGUUUAAAAAUGCCAGAGAGAUGGAAAGAUGUCGUUAGAGUCAGGAAAACACAGAGAAAGAAGAUAGUCACAGGUUAUGAGUCAGUGCUUUCCAGGUCAGAUGUACGGGAAAUUGUGUGAGCUUAUAGUAAAUGUAUUUACUUUGCAACUUGCCUGCUUGCCUGCUUGCCUGCUUGCCUGCUUGCCUGCUUGCCUGCUUGCCUGCUUGCCUCGUUGUUUUUCGUUUUCAGUCGUUCCUGUUCGAUAAAUUUUGAUCUCUGAUUUUCGUUGAACUUACAAAAUAAUGCCGGUUUCCCACGUUCGUGUGGCCUACAGAAGUUGAAGCAAUCCUUAAUUCGGGAUACCUUUGCUUUUCCAUAGACUGUUCCCGUUGGCAAACCGUUACAUCAUUAAGCGCGCGUGCAUCAAGAGUUGAUCUUCACUUUAGCUAAUCUCGAUGAUCGUCUGUGUAGACGAAUAGCAAUCUUGAAUAACGAUGAGUAACUCAUGAUGCCUUUAUUUGUGACUUGAAUUAUUUCGUGGUCGUAAUAACCAACUUUUAGCAAAUAAUAAUAUAAUAAUAAUAAUAAUAUGUCUAAUUAGUUUUUCGAAAGAAAAAGCAGAACAAUCCAUUUAUUCCUCCACUCGUUUACUCAUGUUAAAAAAGCAAUCCUUGUUUCAUUUUUAUCAAUAUUUUAUGCGAAGAACUGAAAUAUUCUUAAUAAAACAACAGCAAGACCUUGGUCGACAACCGAAGUCUGUUAUCGUUUCCAUUCA